UACAUGUUACUCAGAGCAGCUGCACCAGGAAGAGAUUUAUCUUCAAGAAGGUCCAGACUGCCUCUACUUCCAGUGUUACUAUGACUAAACAGCAGAAGAUUGCUCCAAGCUUAAUCCCUGGGGAGAGUUUGGAUGCUGACCAGCAAGCCAGCAAAGCUGCUGGCAUUUUCUGAAAUGAAGAAACUUCUCCUAAUUGAUGUUGAUUGUGGCACUGAUGAUGCUGCAGCUAUCAUGAUGGCUCUAGCCUCUCCUAGUGUUGAAGUCCUGGGAAUUACCUGCUGUUAUGGAAACUCUCUCUUGGAAAAUACAUGUAAAAACGUACUCCGUGUGUUAUACGUUUGUAACAAACUUGAGAUUCCCGUUUAUCCUGGUGUUGCUCUUCCAAUGAUCGGUGGACCACCUGUGCUGGAAUUCUAUUAUGGAAAGGAUGGAUUGGGUGAUGUUCCAGAUCCCAGUGCUCCAGGAUUAGACCUUCUGCAGAAAGAACAUGCUGUGCAUGCAAUAAUAAGAAUAGUCAAUGAACAUCCAGGGCAGGUUUCUCUCAUUGCUACUGGUCCCUUGACAAAUUUAGCACUGGCAGUGAAAAUGGAUCCAACAUUCCCUGAGAAACUUAAAAAUGUCAUCAUCAUGGGAGGAAACAUGGAAGGCAGAGGAAAUGUUACAGUUUGUGGAGAAUUUAAUUUUGCAACUGAUCCAGAAGCUGCCAACAUUGUCUUAAAUGAAUACACCUGCCCAACUUAUAUUGCAACAUGGGAGUUUGUCCUUUCCAAUCAGCUCUCCUGGGAAUUCUGCCAGGGAUGGAUUAAUCAGAAUACCAAGAAAGCCAAGUUUAUGAAGAAAAUAUAUGCCUACACUUUAGAACAAAUAAAGCUGUCCCAGAAAAAGUCAGGGAAGAAAGAAGAUGAAUUUGGCUUUGUUUCUUGUGAUUCCUAUGCUGUGGCUGCUGCCAUUGAUGAAAAGUUUAUCACGGAAGUCAUUGAAAUUGGUGUCACUGUUGAGCUCAGUGGCUCACUAACCAAAGGAAUGAUGGUUUUAGAUUGGGAAGACAAACUCAAAAAGAAAAACAAAGCUUUUGUAAUUAAAAAAUGUGACUUAGGGAAGCUCCAGGCACUGAUGAUGGCAGCUCUAAUAUAAACCUUUGCUUACUGAGGCUGCUCAGUCUUUAGCUACUGCAAUGCAAGUGGAGGUUUGUAUUGGAAUAGGUGAAACAGUGUCUGGAAUCUGGUUACUGAUGUCACUCCCGUGCGCAAUGGGAAUGACAUCAGCAGUAGCAACAGCAAAUCACUGCUGAACUGAUUAAAUGCUUCCUUUGGUGAUUUUGAGAUGCCCGCAGUUCAUACACAAUGCAACAAAGUCAUAUGCACACUGAAAACGACAAAGGAAGCCUUUCGUCAGUGGUGAUUUGCUGAGGCUGCUGAUGUCAUUCCCAACUGUGUACAUGGAGCUGGGCGAGAAAAUUUCAGCCAGAAUCUUCUUGUCAUUUCUGCUGUGCAGUUAGCAUUAAUUCUCUCAUAAAUAAAAUCUGCAAAAACAAAUGAUCUAGACU